AAAUGUCAAAAGUUAAAAAAAUACUAGUUUGCGGGAAUGUUGAUGGCCAUUUCACAAGUCUCUUCAAAAGAGUGACCAGUGUAAAUAAUAAAACUGGACCUUUUGAGCUGCUGUUAUGUGUUGGCAAUUUCUUUGCAGCUGAUGGUAAUGAUGAAUGGAAUCCUUAUAAGAUGGGCUCCUCCAAAGUUCCGCUUCCAACAUUCAUCUUGGGUCCAUCAGUUGAAAGUCAAAAGGCAUUUUACCCUGACAUCAGAGGCUGUGAGCUUGCUGAAAAUGUUAUUUAUCUUGGUCCAUUUGGAGUUUACCAGAGCAGCUCUGGACUGACUAUUGCAUAUCUCAGUGGCUCCCUGGAUGCUCCAGCUGAUCUAUGCGGGUACAGCAACCACAAGGUUGGGCAACUUGAAGCUGAGAUUCGGCAAGCUGGUGUAAUUGAUAUUUUGGUGACGAGCUGUGUACCGAGUCAUGUGACAACCUUCACUACUAAGCCGGAGGGCUUAGAAGACAAAGCCUGUGCGCUGGUGGCCCGGCUAGCAGCCAGUGCACAACCGCGUUACCACUUCUCUUCAUUGCCGCAGCUGUUUUAUGAACGUCUGCCCUACAGGAACCACCGCGUGUUGCAGGAGCCUCCUCGCCAAGUGACGCGGUUCCUCUGCCUUGCGGGUGUCGACAACAGCGCCAAGAGAAAGUGGCUGUACGCCUUCUUCUUGACUCCGGCGACGCACUGCAAGCAAGACGAGCUCACGGCCCAGCCUUCUGACGUUACAGAGUCUCCCUACAAUGAGGCUCUGCUGCCACCUCUGCACCAGGAGAGCGACGAGAUGAAUAAAUAUUUCUACGGCGGAGGCAGCAAGCAAGGCAAGAAGCGGGCCCGCGAGGAGGAAUCUGAGGGAGCCAGGCGUCAGCGCGGCCCUCCACAGCCCACUGGUCCAUGUUGGUUUUGCUUGAGUAGUCCUGAUGUUGAGAAGCACCUCAUCGUGAGUGUGGGAGAGCACUGCUACCUGGCGCUUGCCAAAGGCGGUCUUGUGGCGCACCACUUGAUGCUGCUGCCUAUACAUCACUACCAGACCUCCCUGGACCUCGAGCCCGCCGCCCAGCAAGAACUGACGCAAUUCAAGUCAAGUUUGCAGAAGUUGUUCACAGCGUCGGGACGGUCGGCGGUCUUCUAUGAACGCAACUACCGGACCACCCACAUGCAGCUGCACGCCGUGCCUCUGCCGAACGCCGUCGCUAACAACGUCUCUGACGUCUUCCAGAGCAUGGCGGCGCAGCAAGACCUACAACUGGAGGAGGUGCCGCGUCGCACGGAACUGUCGGCCGCGGUCAAGUCGGGCCAGCCCUUCUUACUAGUGGAGCCUCCUUCAGGUCCCUGUCUCCUGCUGAGGGUCAGGAAGGGAUACAAUAUGCUCUUCGACAGACAAGUGUUGGCCAGCGAGGAGUUGCUGAACGUCCCCAGUCGCGUGGACUGGAAAGACUGCAAAGGAACGAGAGAGCAGGAAACUUCUCUCAGGGACCAAGUACGGCAAAUGUUCGCGCCGUACGAUUUUACUGCUGACGAAGAUGGCGACUCAAGCGGCAGCGAUAGCGAGUAGAAAUUCGCAGAUGCUAGAGCUAAAUUCGAUUAUUUAUUUGCGUUCACGUACAAUAAAUAUUUACUAGACAACGAGAUGUUUAAUACAAACGAAUGAGCCAAAAUAAAUUCACAGAGGCGAAUUUUUGUCGUUCUUACUAGGCACCACCUGAAAAAGAUACGGACAUAUCAUUCAUGUAUAUGACGUCUGUGUAGUAUUAUAUUGUAAGGACGCUUAA